AUGACCAGAACUCUACCUGCAGGAAUCAAACAAAGGAGCGUAGGUGGGGGUGGAGAUGGUCUUCAGGUGGGCUUGACCAGAGCUUCACACAGGAGGGCAGGUGGAGGUGGAGAUGGUCUUCAGGUGGACAUGACCAGAGCUUCACACAGGAGGGCAGGUGGAGGUGGAGAUGGUGUUCAGGUGGGCAUGACCAGAGCUUCACACAGGAGGGCAGGUGGAGGUGGAGAUGGUCUUCAGGUGGGCAUGACCAGAGCUUCACACAGGAGGGCAGGUGGAGGUGGAGAUGGUCUUCAGGUGGGCUUGACCAGAGCUUCACACAGGAGGGCAGUGAAGGAGAUAAAAGAAGAAGAGUCUGAUGAUUUCCUUCAAGAGUAUCUGUCUACAGUUCAGAAGGACAACCCUGGACCGGAUCAUGUGUGCAAGACUGAAACAAACAUGUCAGACAUCAUGGACAUUAAAGAGGAGGAAGAGGCUGAUGUAAGAGAGCAUGGUCAGAAAGACUCUUCUCCUACUGAACUCAACACAGAUAAGAUGAGAUGUGCUGGGGAGAUGGAACAUCAUCGUAAUAAACAUGGAAAGAGCUUUCAUAAGACCAAUCACCUGAAGGCACACCAGACCAUCCACACAGAAGAAAAGCCGUAUCUGUGCAGUGUAUGUGGGAAGAGUUUCAGAGAAAAGCCAUAUCAGUGCACUUACUGCGGAAAGGGUUUUCGACACACAUGUAGCCUCAAGACACACCAGAUGAUCCAUACUGGGGAAAAGCCAAAUCACUGUACUACAUGUGGGAAGAGAUUCAGGGUGAGCAUGAAUCUCAUUAAACAUCAGCACACACAUACAGGAGAAAAGCCAUAUCAGUGCACUGACUGCGGAAAGAGUUUUAGUCAAAUGAGCAGUCUCAAGGCACACCAGAGUAUCCAUACAGGAAAAAAGCCAUAUCAGUGCACUGACUGUGGAAAGGCUUUUAGUCAAAUUGGCAAUCUCAAGAAACACCAGAUGAUCCAUACUGGGGAAAAACCAUAUCCGUGCCCUACAUGUGGGAAAAGUUUCAGGACUAAGAGAGAGGUGACCAUCCAUCAGCGCACACAUACAGGAGAAAAAACAUAUCAGUGCACUGACUGUGGGAAGGGUUUUAGUCAAAUUGGCAAUCUCAAGAGACACCAGAGUAUCCAUACUGGAGAAAAGCCAUAUCAGUGCACUACAUGUGGGAAAAGUUUCAGGACUAAGAUAGAGGUCACCAUCCAUCAGCGCACACAUACAGGAGAAAAGCCAUAUCAGUGUACUGACUGUGGAAAGGCUUUUAGUAUAAUGAGCAAUCUCAAGGCACACCAGAGUAUCCACACAGGAGAAAAGCCAUAUCAGUGCACUGACUGCGGAAAGGGUUUUAUGACUAAGAAAGGGGUCACAAUCCACCAGCGCACACACACAGGAGAAAAGCCAUAUCAGUGCACUGACUGCGGAAAGGAUUUUAGUCAUAUGAGCAGUCUCAAGAGACACCAGAGUAUCCACACAGGA